AGGAGAAUUAUACGAAAAUGUGGUCCCAAAUUGCUGUGGUUUGCCUGCUAGUGGCCAGUAUUGAGGGUCAUCCAACAGCAAUAUCAUACCAGUCUCGUACAGACGGCCAUCAUAACCUUCACCAUCAAGUCGUCCAUCAUAUUGGACAUCAUAACUUGCAUCGUGCUCACCACCAGAUAAUCCACCACGCUGGUCAUCACAGUGGACAUCUAGGCAUUCACCGUGGUGACGACCACGGACAUUGGGAUCACGCCUCUUCGUACCCUUCUUAUAAAUUUUCAUACCAUGUGUCGGAUCCACACACCGGCGAUCACAAGUCGCAAACGGAGUGGCGACAUGGCGACUUAGUGAGGGGAACUUACUCCCUCGUAGAGCCGGAUGGCAAUGUGCGCACCGUUCAUUACACCGCUGAUGAUCACCAUGGAUUCAAUGCUGAUGUUCAUCAUAAGACGCAUCAUCAUCAUCCGCAUCAUUCUCAUCAUCAUCACCAUUAAGCUUGACAAUAUUAUUACGACUUCUAUUACUUCGACAUCUAAAAAAGAUGAAUCUGUACUAUCACAGCAAAAAUUGUUAGCGCUAACAAAUAAAACAUAUAGAAAAACAAAGGUAUUUUA